GGGAAUGGAAGCCAUAGAGAUGCACGAUUUGCUACAAGAAAUGGGAAGGAAAAUUGUUCAAGAACAAGAUAUUAAAGAUCCCGGUAAACGGAGUAGGUUGUUCAAUGAUGAGGAUGUCCAUCGUGUAUUGAGAAGUAACAUGGAAACUCCAAAUGUUGAAGUCAUAAAGGUUGAUUGGCCUUACAUGUAGACUUCAAAAAGAUGUCUAACCUAGAAAUGCUAAUUGUACAAUGCGGUAGUAUAGGCCCUCCCUAUUCUCUAGACCUUCCCGAUUCUCUUCGUUAUCUUAAGUGGGGGGGAUAUCCAUUGGAAUCUUUACCGUCAAAAUUUUCUCCGGAAAAUCUAGUUGAGCUUCAUAUGCGAGGUGGCAAAGUUAAGGAGCUUUGGAAAGAAGCGCAGAUAGUUGUCAACUUGCAAGUUAUCGAUCUGUCGGACUCUUACUGUCUAACUGAAGUUCCAAAUCUCUCUGGGAGUCUAAAACUUGUGGAGAUAAAUCUCUGGGGCUGUAAAAGUUUGGUUGAAAUUCCUUCAUAUUUUCAACAUCUUGACAAGCUUAUUCAUCUUGAUCUGGGGUACUGCAAGAGUCUCAAGUAUCUUCCAAAGAUGCCAGGAAGUAUUCAAUACUUAAAUUUAGAUGGCACUGGUAUAAAGGAGGUGCCUGAAUCAGUUUGGUCUAACGAAAAUAUUUCUUACUUGGAUAUAACUGAUUGCAUAGACCUCGAGAAACUUCCAAGCAGCAGGUGUAAGUUGAAAAAUCUCUAUCUCCGUAGGUGCCCUGAAUUUGAAAACUUCCAGAGAUUUUGGAGCCAGUGGAACAUUUGAAGUCCUUAAGUUUAAUUGAAACAGCAGUUACAGAGCUACCCUCAUCGAUCUGUAAUUUGAAAUAUCUUGAGAGUCUUGAUCUCACCUUUUGCUCUUAUUUUUCCAAAUUCCCUGAAAUCUUGAAGCCAAUGGAACAAUUGGUGUCUCUUUG